UUAGUGUUGACAUUGAUGGCGAAUGCAGAAAGCGAACGAAAAACUUAUCUUUAUAAAUACUCUCUUUAUCACUCUCUGCAACAAUGUCUCGAGAAGCACCUACCGAGAAGCAUUAUGUCCACCGUCGAGCUGGCCAUGUCAUGAUUAGCUAUGAUAAACGCCUCUUUGUGUGGGGAGGAUAUAUGGAACUUGCCCACACACAUCCAUACACACUUACGACUCAUAGUAAAUGUAUGUACCAUAGUGCCAUUGAUGUGUGGAUAUAUGAACCCCUCCUUGAUGUGUGGAAACGAAAACUAAGCCGAGGUGAUAUUCCCCAGCAGCUCUCAGGGUCCUGUGCAGCGGUUCACAACGAUCAUAUGUAUCUCUUCGGAGGUACCGGGUACACAAAUCAAUGGGUUUGGCCUGACACCACGGGGCCUAAACCCACACCAAGGGCAGCACACUCUGCAGACGUAACAGGAGACAAAGUUUACAUAUUUGGAGGCCGUUAUAGGGAAGUUAGGAUGAACGAUCUGCAUUGCUUAGACCUUCUUACCAAUGCCUGGAGUGGAAAUUUAACAAAUGAGGAAGAUGCAAAUGUGCCUGAGGGACGAUCUUGGCACACAUUCAACUUCAUAUCUGGAAAUAAAGCUAUCAUGUACGGAGGCUUCAACACUACCCAGCAGGUUUUAAAAGAUGUAUGGAUAUUAGAUGUCUCAAAUGGGUCGUGGCAGCAGUCAGCCCAGCACAAUGUUGGCCCUGUUCUCUGGCAUGCUGCAGCUGUUGCUUAUCCUGGAGAACUUACAGUAUAUGGUGGCAUAAAGAACAACCUACUGGAUUACUCUCAGCCAAAGGAUCAUGCUGAAGAAAUGGUUGUACUGAGGUUCAGUCCCCCAAGUCUACAGAGAUUAACAAUAGAAGCUGUGUGUGGAUUAGACUUGCAGCUACGUUCCCAUUGGUGCCAGCUUCCACAGACUCUGCAGCACAUCCUUAAAACCCGAACUUGUCCUGAUCGGAUAUUGUAGCAUUUCAUUUAUUACAUAAUUCUGGAAACUACUUUGCAGCAUAAUGAUCUUGCCUUAAAAGUAGUAAUUUUCUUAAAAUCACAUUCAGUCACAAGCCUUUGGUGUUUGUGUGUGUGUGUAUAAGAAUUUGUGACCCCUUUCUAUUAUUAUUUACCUUUUUGGAUGUUAGAGAAUUCAAGUUACAUAUUUUUGGAUGUUAGGAAAUUCAAGUUACCUAUUUGAUAUUACUAUAUUUAUCACUUUGGGAGAAGUAUCACACUGCCUCUGUUAAAUUAUGUCUGUUAUGUGUGCUGCUUAAAUUAUUGUACAAUACCCACCAUGUUCACCAAAAAAGAAAUAAAGCUUGGAGAGAGACACUGAAACAUGUUUAAAAGAAAA